CCAGAGCCUGCUGGCUCCGGGACUUGGCGGCAGCGGCACGUCCCCACUGACCAGCGCGCAGGACAGCGCCUUCCUCAGCGACGCGGACAUGGUCAUGAGCUUUGUGAACCUGGUGGAGUACGACAAGGAGUUCUCCCCUCGCCAGCGACACCACAAAGAGUUCAAGUUCAACUUAUCCCAGAUUCCUGAGGGUGAGGCGGUGACGGCUGCAGAAUUCCGAAUCUACAAGGACUGUGUUGUGGGGAGUUUUAAAAACCAAACUUUUCUUAUCAGCAUUUAUCAAGUCUUACAGGAGCAUCAGCACAGAGACUCUGACCUCUUUUUGCUGGACACCCGCAUAGUGUGGGCCUCAGAAGAAGGCUGGCUGGAAUUUGACAUCACGGCCACUAGCAAUCUGUGGGUCGUGACCCCACAGCACAACAUGGGGCUUCAGCUGAGCGUGGUGACUCGGGAUGGACUCAGCAUCAACCCCCGAGCUGCAGGCCUGGUGGGCAGAGACGGCCCGUAUGACAAGCAGCCUUUCAUGGUGGCCUUCUUCAAAGUGAGUGAGGUCCACGUGCGCACCACGCGGUCAGCCAGCGGUCGGCGUCGCCAGCAGAGUCGCAACCGCUCCACCCAGGCCCAGGACGUGUCCCGGGUCUCCAGCGCUUCAGAUUACAACAGCAGUGAGUUAAAAACAGCCUGCAGGAAGCAUGAGCUUUAUGUGAGCUUCCAAGACCUGGGAUGGCAGGACUGGAUCAUUGCACCCAAGGGCUAUGCUGCCAAUUACUGUGAUGGAGAAUGCUCCUUCCCACUCAAUGCACAUAUGAAUGCCACGAACCAUGCAAUCGUCCAGACACUGGUUCACCUUAUGAAUCCUGAGUAUGUCCCUAAACCGUGCUGUGCGCCAACUAAACUAAAUGCCAUCUCGGUUCUUUACUUUGAUGACAACUCCAAUGUUAUCUUGAAGAAAUACAGGAAUAUGGUUGUAAGAGCUUGUGGAUGCCACUAACUUGAAACUAGUUGCUGGGGCCAGAGGUACUGCCUUGGACUCCUAGCUUACACCUGCCUUAAGCAGCACACUGACGCAGUGAAAGUGGGAUGAUGACUUUGAAACCAUCUCUUGCCGGUUGGUGCCUUACUGCCCAAGGAAGACGUUAAAGGGGCUCAGUAAUGAUUUGCCCGUGUAGUAAAUAACGUGAGUAGUUGGUCUGUAGGAGGCUAUUUGAAUGUCUGUAAUAUGGAAUCUGGACAUUGCAGAAACAGAACUUUGAAGGGUUCCUCUUCCCCCAUAAAAGCCCACCAAAAUUAGUUUUAGCUUUCUAUCAAGCUAUUUGUGGUAUUAUUGAGUAAACAGGGAAAAUAAUUUUAAAGAAGUAUAAGUAUUCUUGGCUGAAGUAUCAGCCAAUUUAGAAUGUUUCUCAAAAAUAGAUCUUACAGUUAACAGAAAUUGGGGGCGGGGGGAAUGCCUCUAUUCAAGGAUUUCAUUCCCAGGAAGGCCAAUUUCAUAUAAGAUCAACAGCCCAAGCCAUAAUCAGGGCGUGUGGAAGUGCCUUUUGUCCGGUAACUGCUGUUACCUGUUUGUGCUGGCGUUCUGUUGGUGUGAAAAUAGAAUUAUUUCAGUUAAAACAAACCAUGUGAUUUCCACACGUCAGUCCUCCCCCAUUUGCGGUUUCCUUUGCGAGCACCACCAGCAGAAGGCUGGUGCUCUGAGGGGACCACGGGGUGGGGCAUCCUCAGUGGCCGCCACGGCACCCAGGUGACAGGUGAACACAGUGCUGCGCCUCCUCCUGUUCGGAACGGCUCUGAAAGCACAGUAACUUCAGGAACGCUGGCUCUCAUAUCUCAUCUACUUCAGUAAAACAGGUCUUGCCCUUUUACUGUACAGCAUUCCGUGUCACAGGUGAGAACCAACAAAGGACAUAAACUGAGCGAGGGGCACUAGCCUUUAGGAAUGGGUUUGGAUGGCCAUGCUGUUGAUGAAUCGAAAUCAGUUUUCUCUUGUAGAAAGUAAGACUCAGAUUAAUUUUAGAAUAUUUUUUAAAUGUCUUUCUCACAAUCAUAUACUAGGAAACCAAUUUCAUAUUAAACUGAUUAAAUAAUACAUGUAUGAUCUAUAACUGUUUGCACUUACAGCUUUUUUGUAAAUAUAAACUAUAAUUUAUUGUCUAUUUUAUAUCUGUUUUGCUGUAACAUUUAAGGAAAGACCAGACUUUUUUUUUUAAAAAAAGAGUUUAUUUAGAAAGUAUCAGAGUGUAAACAAAUUGUACCACUUUGAUUUUCUUUCAAUACAAGACUCGUGAUGCAAAGCGGAAGCCACUCAUGAGGAUUGUGCUUCUCCUGAAAAGUUGGUUUUUUAACAAGAACAUCUGUGAUCCACACACAAUUAAUAAAGAUUUCCUUAAGGCAGAGGCUGGUCGAGAUCCUGCUCUGUUGUCAUCUGCUGCAGACAGCAGAUGCUUCUUGUGUCUAAGAUUCUUACCACCAGUUACUCUGUGUCAAGUGACUGGCUCCCCCAAGCACGGGAGGUGGGGUGAGAGUGGUAGACAGAGGGGUUAUUAUGAAAGGUAACUUGAUGGCAAA